GCGCACUUUUUGGAGUCUCUAAAUAAGAGCAAUCUGAAUCGUAAACAUGGAAUAAGAAAUAAUGUUAAACCAGCGUGCCAACGUGGUGCUGGCCGCUGGAACAAAAUGUACCGCUGUACAAAAAAGCACUUCCAUUUGUACUGACAGCAUUGUACGAUAAAUAUCGCUCAACAAUACCUUAUAUCCUACAUGAUCUAUUGAACAGGAGUGCAGUACUAGUAGCAGGCAUCAUACAGACGGUUCACACGGGUUAGUUAGUCUUAUCUUGGAAGUACCUUAUUGUCCGGUACUCCGUCUACGGUACUAUCGCUUAUCGUCUCCUUAUCAUGCUCAGGUGUACCGAUAAGGGACGAGCUUACUAUGCAUCGCGGGAACAAUUCUCACCGUGUUGUUUGAAUAUGAAACAACGCUAUCAGGAGAACAGGCUGUAAGGUGUAUGUUGCCCCUCUUUAGAAGGUGUUCCUUUUUUGUUGGAUAAGACAUAGAUAAGGUGGGUGUUCCGUGGGGGUAGAGAUAAGAGUUGCCUUGCUUAUUUUUCUUAGGUCUUCUAUUUGCGCACAACUCAACAGUCUAUUUGAAGAAGCUAUCAAUGUGUCGAUUAAGCUACCUUAAUAGAGAAAACCCUUCCAUUGAAAUGGCUUUUCGAUGAGAGAUUUGAGUCGCGAAUUAGCUUAGCGAGUUCCUUAUCACGGCCAGAUUUCUGAUAAAAGCGACUACCUACAAUGACGGGCUUAUUUUACGUGAGAUUGUUCACCAACACCAUUCACUGAUUCGGGGAGAUAGGAGAACAGCUAGCUCUCCUAGGGGGAAUAAGAUCACAAACGAUAAAGAAUUAAAUUGCAAAUAUUACGACAGGCAGCGACGAAUUAAAAGCGAGACACAGGUAAUAGUAGUAGCUGAUAUUGGCAGCGCGCUUUCCAAAGCGUGGAACAAAGAAACAACUGUAAUUCUAUUCCUAUUUGCGAACCCGAGAGCAGCGAACACGUACAGCUAAAAAUAAAAACAGAAGGAAAUUGAAGUUAAUAUAUUAAAAACAAAGUAUACUCAUCAGACGUGUGUUAUUAACCAUAACAGUGGCGUAACAGGAACUAAUGUUGAUAAUGUCGAGUCAAUGGAAGUCUCAGGACUCUAUAAAAGUGACUACCCCGGAGCGCAUGGUUCUGAAAAACAUAAAAUUAAAACGUUGUGUAAAUCCACACCACCAACCGAGUUAGGUGGUCACUCCAGAAAGCGUCAUGGUGAAACAUAAAAAUACACUAUUUUUGCUGGCUAUUGGCGCAUUUGGAUUAACAUUGGCAAAGAAUACCGUAGACAUGAUUUUGGGGAACGGAUACUUUCUCGAGCAGCAUGAGGUAACGACCGCGGAUGGUUAUAUCCUGACGAUGUUCCGUAUUCCCGGCAGUCCAGCGAAUCCCGUAGUAAAGGGGAAGAACGUUGCCUUCCUGAUGCACGGUCUACUAAGCUCGUCGGCGGAUUUAGUCGUGGCCGGACCAGGCAAAGCAAUAGCCUACAUGUUGGUGGACGCAGGAUACGAUGUGUGGUUGGGUAAUGCCCGAGGCAAUACCAAUUCUCGCCGCCAUAUCUUCCACGAUCCGGAUGCACGCAAAACGAACUUCUGGGACUUCAGCUGGCACGAGAUCGGAUACUUCGAUCUACCCGCCAUGAUCGAUUACACACUUGCGUACACUGGCCGCACGACACUGCACUACGUAGGCCAUUCGCUUGGUACGACUUCGUUCUUCGUGAUGGCAUCAACACGACCCGAUUACAACAAGAAAAUACGCUCGAUGCAUGCGUUAGCUCCGGUAGCUUUUAUGAGCAAUCUGCGAUCACCGUUUGUACGUGCCUUUGCCCCGUUUGUGCAUCAACUAGAACGGGUCACGAACUUACUGGGUGUGAACGAGUUUUUACCUAGCAACGAAAUGAUGGUAUUGGGUGGCCAACGUCUGUGCGAAGACGAAUCGCCGUUCCAGGAGGUGUGUGCUAAUGUGCUGUUCCUGAUCGCCGGCUACAACUCGCCUCAGCUCAAUCGUUCCCUGAUUCCGGCUAUUUUGGCCAACACACCAGCAGGGGCCUCCAAAUACGAGUUAAUACAUUACGCCCAGGGUUACAACUCGGGUCGCUUCCGACAGUACGACUUCGGUUUAUCCGUUAACCAGGCCCGGUACGGUUCGAUUCGUCCGCCCGAUUAUCCGCUGCGUCGUGUGACGGCUCCGGUAGCUUUGCACUACAGUGACAACGAUUUGCUGGCAGACGUCUCGGAUGUGCGUAAACUGUACUCAUAUUUGCCCAAUUCGAUUGGUCUGUUCCGCGUACCUGAUCCACGGUGGACCCAUUUGGAUUUCGUUUAUGGCAUCGAUGCUAAUACUUUCCUGUACGAACGAGUGAUUAGUCUUAUGAAGCGAUACAACUGAUGCUGGAAAGAGCCAUACCCCACUGAAACAAAGGUGUACGAUGGUGGCUCACUAAAAGAGUAGCAUAAUACACUGCGUGGCACAAGAGCUUUAUACAUAUGGAAGCAAUUAUGAUUGUGAGAACGUGCCAAAAAUAUAUUUUGCUUCUUUAUUGGACGUAAUAAUUCGCCAUUAACACGUUUUUGGAGGAACUCAGGCACCAAACUUCAUGAGGGAAAUUCAUUAAGACUAAAUGAUUGCGUAAUGACCGUUUUAGGGACACCUACUGCAAAUCGACUUAGGAAAAAAAUCGUCUUACCUUACCACAUAUGUAGAAGUGAAGAUGAAGAGAGAGCAACAGUUCGUACAUCGAAGGCGCGAUGAUAUGCAUCAUGAUCAUCAUGAUCUGGUGUUCACUUUCUUUUGACCAUGUGACAAAUUCACAAAUUGUUCGAAUUUUCAAUGUUUUCUAUGAACUAGAGGGAUCACAUCGGGUCGCCUUGAUUCAACCUUGAGAAGGUGUUAAAAUUGUGAAGUUCCGUCGUACUGCACAUCAUUGAAGUCUUCCUAGACCAUAUCAAGUAAGGCUAGAUGAAAAUGGUCACGCAGCAAAGUAUUGGUAAAGGGGUCAGCAGAUCGGCAUCAUUUUCAAAUAAUUAUCUAAAAAACUACCAUAAACUUGCUAUUGAACACCUUUUAGCUCUAAAUCGAUGAUCUGGGGAGACGAAAGAAGCUAUUGAAAUUCUUGGACAUGAAAGACUAUGCCAUUAUGAAACACUCCUUGAGUAUGAAGAUGUUGCAGGAGGCUAAUAUCGAUCGGUGCCCAAUCUAAUUUCCAAAUUGUCAAGAAUAAGCUAAGUAAAAGAAUUAAGACUGGAAACAAACGAAGAAUAAAUCAUCCCGGAUCUUAUCAUGAAAUUUUGGGAAAUCUGAUGUACGUAAUACUGUCCACAAGUCUGGUGGCAAGACGGUGAUGGAUAUCAAACUAAGCUAAGACUGGGUAUCAAAUCCCCUCCGAAUCGUAGCCCUGUAUACAAAGGACUGACAACACUGCUACGGGUUAAUGAAGUCUAGAAAAGUCAGAAGUUGCAGGCACCCAGUAGUCCUUGAAGUUAUAAUGCCACAAAAAGGAAAAAAAAGUAUAAAUAUGUGCACCACGGCUUUGCAUAUCUUGAUCGCUAUUAUUCGAUCAACAACACUAAAUUGGUUUGAAAAUAAUACUGCGUUAUGUUACAGUGUUAUGUUACAAAUGAGGCCGCACGUGGGAUUUCCGGCUUGGACUGCCAACAGUCCUUUUUUUGGCCUUUUGUGGCACUACAGUCUCAAGAGAUCUUGGUGAGCCAAGCACAUCGUUGUUAAACAUCAG